AAACGUGAAAUAAGAGUUGACAGGAAGUGAUCAUACCGCUUGAUCAAACCCAUUUGGGAAAACGCUUGUUGUUACAGAACCUAUUGUUCUGCUUUUAUCUCUACGCCCACGACCUGCCACGACCACACUAUAUAAUCCUUAAUCCUUGUUCGCCAUUACCCGUUCCGCCAUUAUUCACGACCGUCCUCUAUUAUGUCUGUCUCCGUAGACAUUGUUCCCCUGGGGUCUUCUUUGGACAUGUAUGGGGAGCCCCGCAGCUCCUCCGCGUUCUCUCUUUCCGGCCACGUCAGCAUAUCGCUUUCAUCCCCGUAUUACGUCUUUGAACGUCGCCGCGCGGCUCGCAUCCUCCUACAGUCCAUUUCCCUCACAUUCGAUGGCCAAACCGAGGUCGUCACUAAUGGGAUGGGAUACUCUUCCAUUCGCCUAUGCUCCAUAACACGCGAACUGCUGCCUUCCGGCCCGAUCGAGUUGUCCAACGAGGGCGAAGAGGAGGACGAGGAGCCUUGUCGUUGGAAUGUCAUUUUCGACUUGCCUAUCCCUGGCUGGCUCCCGGUGUCGAGUAACUUUUGCCCGGGCGAAGUCGGCGCGUCUACCCGAUACUUUCUGCACGCCUCGGUCAAAUACACGGUUUUGGAAGAUGCUAAACCCUCUGCGUGGUCGAUCGCGUCUCUAUAUACGCCCUUUCGCUCGCGUUGUCGCACUCUCGAGACUGCGAAGAGCAUAAUCUUGCGCCGAUUCGUGACGCCACCGACUGAUGAACCUGUUCCCGCACCUACAUUAAUCAACUAUCUGCUCAAUUCACCGUCCGCACCAUCUAAUAAUCAGGAACUUACCAUUCCCGCCUCCGUCUUAUCUAAAAUACAACUACUCGCGUCUGUCCCCAAAUAUGUCGAUCUCUCCACCAACCGUCUUCCGUUCACUCUGCGUUUGCGCACGAAGGAUCUCGAAGACGAGCAUUGUCGCCGAUUGAGGCUGACGAAAUUCACGGUGAAUGUCGUGCAGGAGGAGCGUUGCCGUCGUGUCAACAGCCCGUCUCAGUUCCAGUCUGCAUAUCCCGUGCCGUCAGCGGAGAUGCAGCCUCCAACGGUGCCUUUGUUGGACGCGAGUCCGAUGUGCGACAUGUACAAGCUUGGGCUGUACACUUCGCCUCCCGGGGACGUCACAAGCAUGACUUGCCUCACCUCGCUCCUGCCCGCUAGCGAGUCGGGUGUGUUCCAGCUGACGAGCGACCCGCGCGUGUUCGCUGAAGAUGCUGUGAAAGACACCGCCACGUGGUACACACUCGAGACCAGCAUUCCCUUCGUUCGCUAUGUGGAAUCCACUGCCACCACAUCCGAAUGGGACGGCUCCCACAAACUGCGGCCUUCAUCCAGCAGCCCGCUGUACGACGUGACGCAUUCGCUCAAGCUGCAGCUCCAUCUCGAGUAUGACACGGCGCAGGGCCAGGUCGCAUCGGCGGACAUCAAGUUCAACAUUCCCGUCACAUUUGGACGGGUGGCACCGCCCCUCCCUCCUCGAGACCUGCUGCCGAUGCUCAUCAACUCGAUCCGGAUCGUCGAAGGCACCUACCCUGAGAUCCCUGCGCUUCUUCCGUCCAUGAACCUGCCGGUGUAUUCACAACUGUUCGACACGCACGGCAAUCGCAAGAUGGACGACACGCCCCUUCCUCUCUACUCGCCCCGAUCUCUCGAACAGCCGGCUGUGGAGAUCUGCCUUUCCGACAUUGGCUCCGACAAAAAGCAUGUCACGACAAUCUAAUUUCUCACAACACUAAUAUGUUACCUACACUUUUGCCACACUCGCUGUAUUUUUACAUGUCUUUUCGAUUUUGUAUCUACCUGUAGCAACACCACCAUUUGGUACAUCCAAUACACUUCUACUUCGCCAUUCCCACAUUCUCCUUGGCAGCUUCGGGCGAUCUCAGCACGAUCGGAGGUGAGCCUGCCCGCGGCUUCCAGAACGUCGGCGGCUGGUUAGCCGUCGUAGGAAACAGCGGCUGCUUGAAAAACACAGUCUGCUGGCGAAGCGGAGGCCGCUUCGCCGAGCGCUCUCUCGGGGUGGGGCUGCCACCGUGCUUUUCCUGCAACUGUGUCCGCAGACAGAGCCGCAGCAGAUUCACGUUCGCCGGGGCCGGUGCGACUCGGCUCCUCCGACUCGGCGUCGACGAGAACGGGUCGUCGAGCGGGGUGACAUGUACUGGGGAGCCAGGGCGAGGAGGAGUGACGAGAACGGCAGUGCGGGCGGGUGGGGGCACCGACGCGUCCUUCCGCCGGGCAAGGCGGGCUGAAGUGAAAAACCGAACUUGCCGAAUGAUAUCUAGACGUUGAUCGUGUUCUGGCGAGAGAGAUGGCUGAGUCAGCUGGAUGGGAGAGGAUUCACGAGGAGAAGGCGCUGGUGGCCCGAGAGCUAUGGUUGCGGGUACUUCCGAAGUGUGGGCAUUCAGUUUCGCGUCUGGUGGAUUGUUGGGAGAUGCAACGCUCGACGGAGACAGGGAAGAUGGUGUAGCGUGAUGACAAGAACCAAGACUUGUUGCAAUUGGCAUUGACGCAGUAGACUCUCUGCAAGGGGACGCAGCGUGCGCGGAAGUAUCCGCAGCUGAAAAUAGUACAUUCGCCUUUGCCGUUGAUCUUUCGGAGUCCGUAGCCUUCUCCGAGUCAUCGUUGUCCAUGGAUGAUUCAUAGUCUGUAAUGGUUCCCAACGAAAACUCCGCCCCGUCGCAAUCAGGCUCAGCGUGCUUAGAUCUGGUCGAGAAUCGUUGCAGUGAGCUUGAUUCAGCCGCGUCGACAGGCAUUGUCGUUGAAAUAGCAGCUUGUUCUUGCUUCCUCUCUUCAGCACGUUUGUGCCCUCUGGGCCCGGGAACGCAUCCAAGAAAUGCAAACGCAAACGCGGAGACUUGGCGCGAGAAAUUGAGGAGGCUCACUGUUAUGAGACCGGCUUGAGGAGUCGCCAAGAGAGGCGGGUGCGAUGGUGUAACUUGAGGUGUAUUGAUAGCGCGUCGCGCGAGUUCGGUCGAGACGGAGAUAGGUAUAUUGUGUGCGAGCGACACUUGCGGACUGAGAUAGAAGCUGCGUCGCCG